GGGCUGGGCGAGAGGGACGGGCGAGGGCGGCGCCGGGCUCGCUGCGGAGGGGGGCGGGCGCGAUUCCGGCUGCCGCCAUCCCUCCCCCCGCCGCCGCCGCCAGCAGUGGUUCGCUCCGGCCCCAUCAGCAGAGGGGAUGCGCUGAGGAGCCCAGCCGCCACCGGGAGCGCCGCCGCGGCCGCCGCAGAGGGAGAUGCGGGCUCCGCGUCCGGGAUUCCGCUGGCGCUGACGCCCCCUGGCCGGCCGGCCCUUGCGAGCCGCAGCCGCAGCAGCAGCGGAGGCGCCGCGCAGCCUCCCGCCAUGGCCAAGCGCGAGUCCAGCUCCAGCCCGGUGGUGCGGCAGAUCGACAAGCAGUUCCUGGUGUGCAGCAUCUGCCUGGACCGCUACCACAACCCCAAGGUGCUGCCCUGUCUGCACACUUUCUGCGAGAGGUGUCUCCAGAACUACAUCCCUCCCCAGAGCCUGACCCUCUCCUGCCCCGUCUGCCGCCAGACCUCCAUCCUCCCCGAGAAGGGGGUGGCCGCUCUGCAGAACAACUUCUUCAUCACGAACCUCAUGGAAGUGCUCCAGCGCCAGCCCGACAAUGCCAGCCACGAGGAUGCCAUCACCAUGCUGGACUCCGUCAGUGCUGUGCCGGGCAAGCCACUCUCCUGCCCCAAUCACGAGGGGAAGACCAUGGAGUACUACUGCGAGGCCUGUGAGACGGCCAUGUGCCACGAGUGCACCGUGGGGGAGCACCGGGAGCAUGUGACCGUGCCUCUGCGGGACGUGGUGGAGCAGCACAAGGCCUCCCUGCGCCAGCAGCUGGAUGCCAUCAAGAGCCGCCUGCCACAGCUGGCCGCAGCCGUGGAACUCGUGUCUGGGAUCAGUCAGCAGCUGGCGGAGCGCAAGAACGAUGCGGUGGCCGAGAUCGGGAGCACUUUUAUUGAGCUGGAGAAGGCGCUGGGACAGCGGAAGGGGUUGCUGGUCCGAGACCUGGAGGCCCUCUGUGGGGCCAAACAAAAGGUGCUGCAGGCCCAGCUGGAAGUCCUGCGCCAGGGCCAGGAGAACAUCCUCAGCAGCUGCAGCUUCACCGAGCAAGCCCUGGACCACGGGUCGGAGAUGGAGGUGCUGCUGGUGAAGAAGCAAAUGAGUGAGCGGCUGAGCGAGCUGGCCAGUCGGGAGUUCCCCGAGCAGCCCCACGAAAACGCCCAGGUGGACUACGUGGUGGAGACGGAGGGCGUGCGCAAGUCCAUCCUGAAUCUGGGCGUGCUGCUCACCACCAGCGCCAUUGCCCACAAGACUGUGGCAACGGGUGAAGGCCUCCGCCAUGCCGUGGUGGGCCAGGCCGCCUCACUGACCAUCACCACCAAGGACAAGGAUGGGGAGCUGGUGCGCAACGGCAGUGCCUGCCUGCAGGCUGAGGUGGUGGCCCCUGACAACUGCGCCCUGGAGCACGAGGUGCAGGACAACAAGAAUGGCACCUACGAACUGCUCUACACGCCGCGCCAGGAGGGUGACCACGUGCUUUCCAUAUGCCUCUACGGGCAGCCCAUUCGCAGCAGUCCCUUCCGCGUCAAGGCCGUUAAGGCCUCUGACGUGCCCCCUUCCCCAGACGAUGUCAAGCGCCGGGUGAAGUCUCCCAGCAGCGGCCACAUCCGCCAGAAGGCCGUCCGCCGCCCCUCCAGCAUGUACAGCAGUGGCAAGAAGAAGGAGAACCCCAUCGAAGACGAGCUGAUCUUCCGUGUCGGUCAGUGCCCGGGUGGGACGGAGGGCAAGGGAGCCACUGUAACCCCUGGCUGGCUUGGUGGGCCCCUCCUCACCUCACUCGGUGUCCCUCUCUUGGCAGGAAGCCGGGGCCGAGAAAAGGGCGAAUUCACCAACCUGCAGGGCAUCUCCACCUCCAGCAGCGGGCGCAUCGUGGUGGCAGACAGCAACAACCAGUGCGUGCAGGUCUUCUCCAACGAGGGCCAGUUCAGGCUGCGCUUCGGCAUACGGGGACGCUCUCCUGGACAGCUACAGCGCCCCACGGGGGUCACGGUGGACCUCAAUGGUGACAUCAUCAUCGCAGACUAUGACAAUCGCUGGGUCAGCAUCUUCUCUCCCGAGGGCAAAUUCAAGACCAAGAUUGGAGCCGGGCGCCUGAUGGGCCCCAAGGGUGUGGCAGUGGACCGCAACGGGCACAUAAUUGUGGUGGACAACAAGGCGUGCUGCGUCUUCAUCUUCCAAUCUAACGGAAAGCUAGUAGCCAAGUUUGGGAGCCGUGGCACGUCGGAGCGCCAGUUUGCAGGACCACACUUUGUGGCUGUCAACAACAAGAAUGAAAUUGUGGUGACCGACUUCCACAACCACUCUGUGAAGGUCUACAGUGCAGAUGGAGAGUUUCUCUUCAAGUUUGGCUCCCACGGGGAGGGGAACGGGCAGUUCAACGCUCCGACGGGUGUGGCUGUGGAUUCCAAUGGGAACAUCAUUGUGGCCGACUGGGGGAACAGCCGGAUCCAGGUCUUCGACAGCUCGGGCUCCUUCCUGUCCUACAUCAACACCACGGCGGAUCCACUGUACGGGCCACAAGGCUUGGCGCUCACCUCGGACGGACAUGUGGUGGUGGCCGACUCGGGCAACCACUGUUUCAAGGCUUACCGCUACCUGCAGUAACCCUGGCGGGGCAGGCUGGAAGGGGGGGGCUCUCCGAGUCCCUUCUGGCCCGCCUGCUGGACUAUGUGCUUGGGGGUGGGCUGGCCCUCCGGGUCCUCGACCCCACGCCAGGUUGGAGGCUCUGGCAGCUGUGUGUCAAGGUGCCAACAGCCACAACGGCAACUACGCAGCACUGGGACAGCUUCUAGGGAGCAGGCUGGGGGUGGUCCUGCACUCUCCCAAAAAGCUUCUCCACAGUGAGGGGAAAGAGCCUCCCUACGGGCACCACCAUGCAGCUCUCGCUUUUAUGACUCUGGGGGUGGGGGGUCUUGCCUGAGGCCCCCCCAAGUAGGAAUCCCUUGGAGUCUCCCGGCUUCAGUCCCCCCCCCCCCCGCAAUUGUCCCUUCCCUUGUUUUUUUCUGCACUUUAUCAUUGCCCAGAAAGGAGACGAAGCAGCCCCCCCCCCUCCUCUUAGCAGAAGGCGGACUGGUCGCCCAGCUGCAGGGACCGGGAGGGGGGCGGUGGGGGGGGGACCGGAGAGCGUUUCUGCCGUGCCUGCAGAGAGCAGCGAAGACAGGCUUCCAGCGGGGGACCCAGAUGACGUCCCGGGAGCUUUAAGGUGGGACUCCGCAGCGAAGGCCAGGCCCCAGCCCCGUGGCCAUGCGGGGUCACUUUGCCUACCCGCCACCCCCAGUCUCCCGUUUUCCUUCUGGGUGAAUUUCUGGGCUAGCCAGCGAUUCUUCUGGGGAAAAAGUCCUCCGGCCAGUCUGGCGCCCUCGCUACGUGGAGCCAAGAAGAGGGGUGGGGGGAGCAGCCAGAGGCCCCACGCGAGUCCCGUGCUUGGCGGGGGCUCGAGGGGAGGAAGAAGAGCUCUUCUGCGUAGGCGGGGAAGGGAUGCAGGGCCAGUUUUCCCAGCCCCUCGACUCCCCACCCCGUCCGCCGAUGAUGCUCGACCCAGCUCAGCCGGUCUCCCCCCCCCCCACCGUUUGGCUGAGCAGCGGCAGCCACGUGCUAAUAAUGGAAUUAUGUACAAAUAAAAGUAUUCUGAAAAGAA